AUGACCGAACGUUCUGUUCAUUGUACAUUUCAUAAUGUAUCAAAUGAUCUUGUUAAAAUAAUUUCAUCAUCAUUAAAUAUUCAUACAUUAGUAAAGCAAAAAGAUAAUAAUCAAUAUUCUUAUACAUGUUCAUUAUCAAAUGCUCGUCAAAUUCGUUCGAAUCUUGCUGAUAAACUUGAUCAAUAUCCACAAAUUUGGUUUUCAAUUGAUCAUGAUGAUGACUCAACUAUUUCUUCAUCGUAUUUUUUAAAUAAUUCAAUUAUUCCGAAUUAUAUUUAUUUUGGUUCUUUACUUUCGACAGACAAAUUUCUUAUUCAUUCUACUCCUCUUAAUCAUAAAAAACAUUGGAUAAUUAAAAUCGAUAAUAAACAAACAUUAAUUAUUGAAACACAAGAAGAAUCAAUACGUUUAUCAAUACCAUUGAAAUUUUUACAUAAACAAAUACUUGUUAUUGAUGGUGAAGAUUUUUCUGAAAUUAUUUUUAAUUAUAAUAUGAUAUCAAUUGAAAAAAUGUAUGGAAAUAAUCCAAUUGUUCAGUCAUUAAAUCAAUGUACCGAUUUUUUAAUAUGUCUAUCACCGAAGUCAAAUGUUGAUCGAUUUCUUAAUUAUUUUCGAAUAAAUUAUAAUUAUACAAUUUAUUAUACAAUUAUUACAAUUCAACGUAAUCAUGAUCAAUGGUCAAAUAAUUAUCUAAAUUCUUAUCGAACAGAGAAUACACGUUAUUCUAUAUCAAUGUUACAUUCAUUAGGUUAUGUUUUUGAUGAUAAAUAUUUAGAUAAUCAAAUUCUUCAAAAUCAAAUGAUUGAAUUAGCUGAAGAGAAUGAAUGGAAUUUUUAUAAUUUAUCAUUAGAAGCCUAUGAACAAUUAGAAAAAUGUCAUUGGUUUGAUUUAACAAAAAUUUUUAAUAAAAAUUCUAGAAAAAAAAUUUCUAAGGAAAAUAAUAUUCAAUAUAUAUCUGUUAUUUAUUUAACACCAACUCGUUUAUUAAUUAAACCAAAAGAGAAAACGAAAGGCCAUCGUAUUCUACAUUAUUCUUUAUUUAAAAAUAUUAAUCAUUUUUGUCUAGUUUAUAUAAAACCAGAUCCACCAAAUUUAUAUUUAAAUUCAAAUAAUCAAAUGGUAGAAUAUUUUCAAGAUAGAUUUCAAAAUGGUAUUGAAUUAAAUGGAUAUACAUAUCAUUUAUUUGGAGCAUCAAAUUCACAAAUAAAAGAUCAUUCAUUUUGGUUUUUAAAAGCAUCAUCAUUAGAUCAAAUUCAUCAAAAAAGACAAUUAUUGGGUGAAUUUCAUACAAUACGAAAUUUAGGAACAUAUGUAGCUCGAUUAGGUUUAUGUUUUAGUAAAACUGAUCCAACAUAUAUUGAAUUCAAAUAUUGUUUAAAUGAAAAUGAAUUUAAUUAUCGUGUCAAACAAGGUGAAUUAUGUAUUAUGAUGAUUGAUGAUAUUGAAAGAAAUAGCCAUUGUUUUACAGAUGGAAAUGGUUUAGUUUCAAAAGGCUUAGCAAAAUUAAUUAAUGAAAAAGUAAAUAAAUCUUGUAUUAUUCCAUCAGCUUAUCAAAUUCGAAUAGCUGGUUGUAAAGGUUUAAUUAUUAUUGAUCCACAAUCAACAUAUGAACAAUAUUAUAUUAAAAUUCGACCAUCAAUGAAAAAAUUUGAAUCUAAUCAUUGGAUAUUAGAUAUUUGUGGUUUUAGUCGUGCAACACCAACUAGAUUAAAUAAUCAGUUUAUAUGGCUUUUAUCAGAUCUUGGAGUACCUGAUAUAACAUUUUUUCGACUUCAACAACGAUGGUUUAGUAAGAAACCAUCACGUUCAAAAUAUUUCGAUGAUUUAUUGAAAAAUAAAAUUCCAUUACCUGUAAAUGAAUGUCGAUAUUUAUAUGGAUGUGCGUUAGAAUCUAAUCUUGAACAAGGACAAUGUUUUAUUCGUUAUGAAAUUCUAAACGAUAAUGGACAAUCAUUUUCUCAACCAAAAUACGAAUGUGUACGAGGAAGAGUGAUUGUUACAAAAAAUCCUUGUCCAUAUGCUGGUGAUAUGUUAGAAUUAUGGGCAGUUGAUCUACCAGAAUUAUCUCAUUUACAUGAUGUUAUUGUUUUUUCAGUACGUGGUGAACGACCUGAUUUUAAUAAAAUUGCUGGAUCGGAUCUUGAUGGUGAUGGUUAUUUUAUUUAUUGGGGAGAAGAAUUACGUCUUAAAUAUCAAGUUCCACCACUUGAUUACACACCUGAUGAAAAACAAUAUCAAUCAACAGAUAUUUCUCCAAUAGAUAUUAUUAAAUAUUAUCUUUCAAUAUUAAAUGCAACUAGUUCAGGUGAAAUAUAUAAUUUACAUGCCGUCAUUGUUGAUAAAAAUUCUGAAAAUUAUUCUCAACGAACAUGUCAACCAUUAGCAAUUGAAUUAGCUCGAAUGUUUUCAUCUUCUAUUGAUUCGGGCAAAACAGGUUAUAUUAUUGAUAAAAAACGUAUUAAAGAAAUUCGUGAGAAAAUUGGAGGAAAAUAUCCAGAUUUCUUAGGUAAAGAAAAGAAUAGAUCAUAUCAAUCGAAAUCAAUUGUUGGAAAACUUUAUCAUAAUGCACUUAAUUAUAAAUAUGGAAAUAUCGAUAAACUUGAAGAUAUUUUUGCUCAAAUGAAUAUCAAUCCAUCAAAAAAUACAACUGAUCAACUUCUCAUUCCAACUAAUAGAUCCAUACAAUUACAUCCUGGUUCUCCAUUAUCACCCAUUCAAAAUUCAAUUUUAAUAAACAAUGAUAGUUCGAUAACAUUUUACAAUAAAAUUCCUCCACAAUUUUUUCUAAUCGAUGGUAUGCUGUCAUCUUCAUCAUCCAUACAAUUAUGUUCAUCAACAAAAUCAUUUUAUUCCGAACAUUAUGAUCUAACUCGACUUCGUAUUGAACUUGAUCCAUUAUCUUUUAAUCAAUUUAAAUCUUGUUCUUCUCUAUUCUAUGAACAAAUUUCUUCAUGUCAAUAUUCUAUGAAUGAUAAUGAAUUAUUGAAAAUGAUUAUUUCAUUUGGAAAUAUUUAUCUAUUAAAAUAUAACAAUCAAGUUAUAUCGAAUAAUUCUUAUCCAAAAACAUUAGAUUCUUUAAUAAAUAAUCAUUUUUUACCUCCAUUAUUUGAUACAUUUUUUCCAUCAACAAUUCUUGAACGAAUUGAAAUAACAAAAGAAAAUAGUCAUUGUUUACAACAAAUCUUUUAUAAAUUUAAUCAUCAAAUUAAACGAAAAUAUGUUCAAUUAGAAUCAGACUCAAUUUAUUUAAUAUUUCCAUGGUUUAAAAUGACUUUUAUUGAUCAUCAACGUGAAAUACUUCUUAUUUGUUUAAAUACACAUUCUAAACAUGAAAUAUGUAUACAUUUUGAUAAAAAUGGUCGAAUAAAAUCUCUGAAUAAUCUACCAAAAAUAUUCUUUAAAUGUUUUCAUCAACAAAAUUCAUCUUAUCAUUGUGAUAUUCUUUAUGAAUUUCGUUCUUAUUCAAUAAUAAAUCAACAAAAUUAUUCAUCUAUAUUUAAACAUGAAACAUUACUUGAUCCAACACAUCCUUUAACACUUCCAUUACAAGAUUAUAUUAUUCCGAUUAUUUCUUAUAGUAUUAUAAGAAAUAUAUUUUAUUAUGAUAAUAUUGAAGUACAUAUUAUACGAACAUAUGUACCUAUACAUUAUAAAAAUGAUGAUUUUUAUAAACUUCGUUGUACAUUAGGUUAUAUUGAACAACUGGAACAACAAAUUUCCGUCGAAUUACAUGUUCAUAUCAAGAAAAUCGAAGAUUUAAAUCAAGAAAAAUUACAUGAUAUUAUUGAAAUAGCUAAGAAACUCAGUCAAAUGUUAGAUUGA